AUAAAAAAGGAAAAUGCAGCUUUAGCUAAAGCGGAAUUAAUUAACGCUUUACACAGAAGCAUGAAAUGAUCACAUGAUGAUGAUGAUGAUGAUGAUGAUGAUGCGCUUCAUCUGCUGCAGAUAGAGAGAGAAAAAUAAACACUUCCAAACAAGUCUUUAAGUUUAUUCUGUUUAAUUCACUGAAGAGGAGAAAAAAAAUCAUCAUCAUCAUCAUCAUCAUCUUUUAGAAUUUAGAACGUAAAGCCGUAAGAGAUGGGGGACUGUGACGUCACAAGAGGGGGCUGUGGCGUCACAGGAGGAGAAGAGACAAAAACCCUGAUUUCAGGUGUUUAGUUCAGAUUCUGUAUUUUACAGACCACACGCCAGAGAAAGCGACCCGAGAGAAACUACUGGAUUCAUAUCCAAGUGAUUCAAAGUUGAGUGAGAAGAAGAGAAGGACUCAGAACUCCACAUCUGACCAGAGACUGAAGUGUUUCAGGGACAUUAUGGACUUUGUUCUUCAUCAGUGUGUUGGAUUACCGCCGGAGACGACUGAUUUCGUUCAGAUGCUCAUCGUUCAUAUAAAAACUGUGCUGCUGCAGCUGAUCCGGAGAAUCCUGGCAUCAGGAGGAAGGGUGGAACGAACAAGGACGACGUCUUCUGAGAAUGCUUCAUCACCCGCAGAAGAUCAGACCUCACAGCGAGAUGAUGUCAGCGGCGCAGGCACUAGCGAGAUAUGUAAAAACAUCUUGACUCUUUAUCAGUCUGACAAUUUUGACAGAAGCGAAGGAGAUAAAACUUUAGGAAAGUCGCUAAAGUCCGAUCUCAGCAGGUCACACACUAAUGAGAUAUCUGAUAAGCUUGUGAUUCUGUAUCAGUCUGAUGAUUUCGACAGACCUGAAGAAGAGAAAACUUCAGGAACAUCACUAAAGUCUCACCAGAAGGACCAAGGAAUGUUCGCCUCUGGACAGAAGCAAGCAAUUUCCGAGAAAAGGAAGUUGUUCUUGGAAUCUGCCGCUGAUGAACGGUUCCUUGAUAAAGUCACUCAGGUUGAGAGUGAUAUCCCAGAGAAGCGGUUACGUUCACACAUUUCCACAGGUUUAUCGAGUGGGAAAGAUUCGUGUUCCAGCACAGAGUCGUCACCGAUGGCGUCAGUAGAUCUGGAACAAGUCACUGCUGAGAUCGUGAACAGGGUGAUCAGUAGAAUUGCUAGCGAGAUCGGAAUAGCCGACAUGGAAAACGGAUCGGAAGCUCGGGUAGGAAAAGCUCAGAUGAGUGAUGCUGAUGCUCGCUCAGCUUCCUACUCAAAGAACUUCUCCGACGUUUUCGCGAAGCUCCGAAGUCUUAUUGGAGUCAGAGAUGAAAGGAGACAGUCGUGCUCGUGCCUGAAGAACGCAGCAGCAGCAGCAGUGACUGAUGCUAAGAGCCUGGUGUCCAUGAGUGAAGCUCCAAACCUGCAGGCUGUUAUUGACAGCUUCACUGAGGAGCUGAUUGCGAAGAACGCAGAUUUAUUUCUGCGUGACGAGCUGCUGGCCAAGUCCAGCUCUUCUAAAGCCUCUCGGCGCAGACGGUCUGCAUUCUUGCAGCCGCGUAAAUCCGAUCAGCGGAUUGUUUCCGAGGUAAAAAAGACCUGUGAGGUGAGCAGUUCUGUCCCUCUGAGGUCUAAUCAGCUUCUCAAUAAAGCCACUCAGGUGGUGAGUGAGAUGCUGCUCAGAAGGUUGUCAACAGCAGACUCCUCGAGAUGCUCGUUAGAAGACGCGCAGAGUGCCGUCAGUACCGCAGAUUCGCUCGUCAGGGUUUUAUACGAAUGUGACGAGUCUGUGAAAGAGGAGACUAAGAGCUCUGACGCUCUCGAUGCCUUGUCCUGCUUCUUUGACGUCAGAGAAGCAGAAUCUGCCAAAAAACCAAGGAACGUGUUGAGAAAAGUGCGAAGUCUCCUUCAGGCAUUUUUCUCCAAGGCAUCUAAAGCUCUGAGCUUUCCCACACACGAGGAGAGGGUGGAGGAGAAGGUGGACCUGGACCUGUGCACCAACAGGGUCAUUACUGAAGUCAUUGAUUUGUUAAGGAGUGAGUUGACAGCUCCACCUGUGGUGAAGAACGAUGACGCCUAUUUCCACACCAAAUCCACCAGGCGUGUGAGUGACAUCAUCUUCCGAAUAGUGGAAUCCUGUCCUCUCCUGCCUUCACAAUUCCCAAAGGAACGCCACACGGAAGCGCAGCUCAGGAAAGUGGCGUCCGCGUUAAAUCUGCAGGUCGUUUCUACCGCUUCUGAGAUUUCCCGAACUGUUAGCUCCACUGUGCAGCAGUUUAUAGACGCAGACAGGAAGUCGAGGCCUUCAGUCCAGAGGAGUUCAUUCGCUCCUCUGCACCUUUUCACUGUGGUGCGCAACCAGCUGAAGGCUUUCUUCACUUCCUUCUCUAAACGUGUUGCUGAAGAUGAAAGGACAGACGCGUCAGCACAGUCAGAGAGGGAUGAAGAUCGUGUCACUCCCAUCUACAUCAGCGAGGAUGGAAGUAGGAAAGAUUUGUGUUCCAGCACAGAGUCGUCACCGACGGUAUCAGUAGAUCUUUUUCAAGUCACUGCUGAGAUCGUGAACAGGGUGAUCAGUGGAAUUGCUAGUGAGAUCGGACUAAUGGAAAAUGGAUCGGAAGCUCAGAUGAGUGAUGCUGAUGCUCGCUCAGCUUCCUACCCAAAGAACUCUGACGUUUUCGCAAAGCUCCGAAGUCUUAUUGGAGUCAGAGAUAAAAGCAGACAGUCGUGCUCGUGCCUGAAGAACGCAGCAGCAGCAGCAGCAGUGACUGAUGCUAAGAGCCUCGUGUCCAUCAGCGAAGCUCCAAACCUGCAGGCUGUUAUUGACAGCUUCACUGAGGAGCUUAUUGCGAAGAACGCAGAUUUAUUUCUGCGUGACGAGCUGCUGGCCAAGUCCAGCUCUUCUAAAGCCUCUCGGCGCAGACGGUCUGCGUUCUUGCAGCCGCGUAAAUCCAAUCAGCGGAUUGUUUCCGAGGUAAAAAAGACCUGUGAGGUGAGCAGUUCUGUCCCUCUGAGGUCUAAUCAGCUUCUCAAUAAAGCCACUCAGGUGGUGAGUGAGAUGCUGCUCAGAAGGUUGUCAACAGCAGACUCCUCGAGAUGCUCGUUAGAAGACGUGCAGAGUGCCGUCAGUACCGCAGAUUCGCUCGUCAGGGUUUUAUACGAAUGUGACGAGUCUGUGAAAGAGAAGACUAAGAGCUCUGACGCUCUCGAUGCCUUGUCCUGCUUCUUUGACGUCAGAGAAGCAGAAUCUGCCAAAAAACCAAGGAACGUGUUGAGAAAAGUGCGAAUUCUCCUUCAGGCAUUUUUCUCCAAGGCAUCUAAAGCUCUGAGCUUUUCCACACACGAGGAGAGGGUGGAGGAGAAGGUGGACCUGGACCUGUGCACCAACAGGGUCAUUACUGAAGUGAUUGAUUUGUUAAGGAGUGAGUUGACAGUUCCACCUGCGGUGAAGAACGAUGACGCCUAUUUCCACACCAAAUCCACCAGGCGUGUGAGUGACAUCAUCUUCCGAAUAGUGGAAUCCUGUCCUCUCCUGCCUUCACAAUUCCCAAAGGAACGCCACACGGAAGCGCAGCUCAGGAAAGUGGCGUCCGCGUUAAAUCUGCAGGUCGUUUCUACCGCUUCUGAGAUUUCCCGAACUGUUAGCUCCACUGUGCAGCAGUUUAUAGACGCAGACAGGAAGUCGAGGCCUUCAGUCCAGAGGAGUUCAUUCGCUCCUCUGCACCUUUUCACUGUGGUGCGCAACCAGCUGAAGGCUUUCUUCACUUCCUUCUCUAAACGUGUUGCUGAAGAUGAAAGGACAGACGCGUCAGCACAGUCAGAGAGGGAUGAAGAUCGUGUCACUCCCAUCUACAUCAGCGAGGAUGGAAGUAGGAAAGAUUUGUGUUCCAGCACAGAGUCGUCACCGACGGUAUCAGUAGAUCUUUUUCAAGUCACUGCUGAGAUCGUGAACAGGGUGAUCAGUGGAAUUGCUAGUGAGAUCGGACUAAUGGAAAAUGGAUCGGAAGCUCAGAUGAGUGAUGCUGAUGCUCGCUCAGCUUCCUACCCAAAGAACUCUGACGUUUUCGCGAAGCUCCGAAGUCUUAUUGGAGUCAGAGAUAAAAGCAGACAGUCGUGCUCGUGCCUGAAGAACUCAGCAGCAGUGACUGAUGCUAAGAGCCUCGUGUCCAUCAGCGAAGCUCCAAACCUGCAGGCUGUUAUUGACAGCUUCACUGAGGAGCUGAUUGCGAAGAACGCAGAUUUAUUUCUGCGUGACGAGCUGCUGGCCAAGUCCAGCUCUUCUAAAGCCUCUCGGCUCAGACGGUCUGCAUUCUUGCAGCCGCGUAAAUUCGAUCAGCGGAUUGUUUCCGAGGUAAAAAAGACCUGUGAGGUGAGCAGUUCUGUCCCUCUGAGGUCUAAUCAGCUUCUCAAUAAAGCCACUCAGGUGGUGAGUGAGAUGCUGCUCAGAAGGUUGUCAACAGCAGACUCCUCGAGAUGCUCGUUAGAAGACGCGCAGAGUGCCGUAAGUACCGCAGAUUCGCUCGUCAGGGUUUUAUACGAAUGUGACGAGUCUGUGAAAGAGAAGACUAAGAGCUCUGACGCUCUCGAUGCCUUGUCCUGCUUCUUUGACGUCAGAGAAGCAGAAUCUGCCAAAAAACCAAGGAACGUGUUGAGAAAAGUGCGAAGUCUCCUUCAGGCAUUUUUCUCCAAGGCAUCUAAAGCUCUGAGCUUUCCUACACACGAGGAGAGGGUGGAGGAGAAGGUGGACCUGGACCUGUGCACCAACAGGGUCAUUACUGAAGUCAUUGAUUUGUUAAGGAGUGAGUUGACAGCUCCACCUGUGGUGAAGAACGAUGACGCCUAUUUCCACACCAAAUCCACCAGGCGUGUGAGUGACAUCAUCUUCCGAAUAGUGGAAUCCUGUCCUCUGCUGCCCUCACAAUUCCCAAAGGAACGCCACACGGAAGCGCAGCUCAGGAAAGUGGCAUCCGCGUUAAAUCUGCAGGUCGUUUCUACAGCUUCUGAGAUUUCCCGAACUGUUAGCUCCACUGUGCAGCAGUUUAUAGACGCAGACAGGAAGUCGAGGCCUUCAGUCCAGAGGAGUUCAUUCGCUCCUCUGCACCUUUUCAUUGUGGUGCGCAACCAGCUGAAGAAUUUCUUCACUUCCUUCUCUAAACGUGUUGCUGACGAUGAAAGGACAGACGCGUCAGCACAGUCAGAGAGGGAUCAGGAUCGUGUCACUCCCAUCUACAUCAGCGAGGAUGGCAUGGUUCAUGAACUAACCGAGCUGGAGGAUCUUUCUCUGGAGGAGAUGAUACAUCAACGAUCACGUGCUAUAACGGAUGUAAUAGCAAAUCUCCUCCUGAGGAACGUGGAUAGGGCAGGAGAUGUUGGCCAGUGUUCAUCAGAUUCUGUUCCAGGGAGAGGGAACAACAUGUUACGCUCCAACCGGUUUCCUUCUGAGUGCGUUUACACGUUUACAGAGGAGUCCAUCAAGGCUGUAGUGCAGAAUGCGCUAAACGCCGGGCCGAGCGCAGGAGACGAAGCUCAGGAAAGCAGCUUCGUGGCCAAAUCGACCGGUUGUCCGUUUGCUACGGCGCUCGCACGUGAAAUCGAGGAGGCAGCCAUGGAGGAGACUCGGGAACACCUAAACGCCACUGAUCAGCAGAAUCGACCCGGCCGGAACGGAAACGUUCCUGGAAGCGAUGGUUGUUCCUCACUUCCAGCAGCUGAGGAUCAGGAGAAGAAGAAGAGGCUCGGAUUUCACUUCAUUCUGAGGAGGAACGGGAGCAUGAUCAGACGUGGCUUUAAGGUAUGCAGGACUUUUCCCCCUAAAUGUUCUCCUGUGGUUUUGAGUUCAGGUUUUUGAGUUUUGUGUGGAUUUUAUUUGUAGUUAUUGAUAAUUGAAGGGUUUAUUUAACAUCAGUCACUUGAUUUACAGCAUUAAUCACGUUCUUUAAGGUGAUUAGUCGUCUCAGACGUCCAUUUCUGCUUCCCGAUUUAUCUUUUUAUCUUCACAAAUCUCAGUGUCCCAAGAAGUCGAAGAAGAAGCGGAGCAGAGUUCCUCUGACGAGCGAUGACCAGCCGACCCCUUCCACCUCCGCAAAUCUUCACAACUGUAAGUCUUUAAAACGAAAUCAACCUGCGAUUUUUGACCACGUUUACGCCGCGUGUCUUUUUAGUGUAUAACGCGUAUUUGUAUUUUUCAUUACUACUCUGAAUUCUGUACUUUAAAUAAGAAUAAAUGAUUCUAAUGAUCCUGUUUAUUUACGUUGUGAGCUGAUGAUUUUUAAAGAGCGUGAUGAUCAUGUUUAAGAGUUUGAGUUUGUAUCGGUUCCUGCACCGUGUGUCCUGAUAAUGAGCUGAAAGAGCAGUUUUUGUGGUUUUGCUGUAACUCUGCUUCUUCUCCUGUUUCCAGCUUCACACAGAGGAUCGAAGGUCUCGGGGUCGGUCUUCAAGAACGCUCGCAGAAGGCUGGGCAGGAUCUUCUCCAACAUCUCCAAGUCCUUCACCGGCUGCUUCAACUCUGAAACCGCUCCGUAAACUCGUCAGCGUCGGCCUGAGCCCGGUGACCGUUAACCGAGAAACAAACAUAAAUAAUCUAAACAAACAAACAAACAACCCUAAACAAACAAACAAACAAACAAAAAAAGUAAACCCACCCCCCCCCAAAAAAAACAUAAACCCACCCAAAAAAACACAAAAAAUGUAA